GUGACGUCACUCGGCGUCGUUGCGCACCGCGACGUCUUCAUGAUGGCGGCUUUGCCAGUUCCACGCAGACGAUUGGCAUGUGAUGUGCUGUGCUUCGACCGGUGUCGAAAUGAACCGUCGCGACGUCCAUCGAGCUCUAGCUCCUAGGGGGCUGCCAACCCCACGACUGAGUGUCUGAACAAGGAUACUCAACACAAGUCACCACAUGAUGUCGCUACUGAGUGUCACAGUGAAAAAAGCUCGUUACGUUGGAGCACAAGCGUCUCAAUUCAACACUUACGUCACCCUCAAAUUACAAAACGUAAAAUCGACCACAGUGACCGUCAAAGGAGCGACACCAUGCUGGGAACAGGACUUUCUCUUCGAAACAAACGAUUUGAACACUGGACUAUUAAUCGAGGUUUGGAGCAAAGGGAUGAUUUGGGACAGGGCCAUGGGCUACCAUUGGAUACCCCUACAAACAGUGCAGUAUUCAAACGAGAUCCGGAAAAUAUCGAAGCUGGAGACUUGCAAAGGAAGCUCGAAAUGCUCAACAAUAUCAUGGAUCAGGAAGCGAGGAUGGAGCAGGCGAGGAGACAGAUGCAAUAUUUCGGACAAUCGAACAGUAAUCACUUUGACAAUGAAAUUUCAGCGGGGUAUUCGGAAGAUAGCGACUACACCUCUGACCUGAACUACCCCGUGGGUCAGCACGCCAACUCUUCGGCCUCCCAGUUCAGGUCGGCCGCCCAUCAAAUCAACACCCCCCAGCGGUCGCUGGAAACCUCCCGUGAGAACUCCUACGAGCGAGACGAUGGUCCCG